CUUGCCGUAGAAAUCAUAGUCACAUUGAAGGAAAUGUCAAACCUUCGGAAACUGCUUCAAGGAUGACAGUGGCUGCUCUCCUUCACCUCACAUCUACCACCACCAGGUGUCGCUGCCCGUCGCAGUCCCCGGGCUUCUAGGCAUGAUGACUGGGACGGUACUGGCCGCCAGUGAGGUCAAGAAAGCCGCGGCUCUGAGUAUUGAGGAGUUGCCAUCCCUCUACACAGCUCCCGAGCCUCAGCUCCGGUAUGUGGAACCGGAGGUUGGGCCAGUGGAAGAGAGUGUAGCAUCUCUCAGAAAAUGGGCAGAGCCUUACACAAAUCAGUUCCAGGAAACUGGUAUAUCUACCCUUAGCAAAGCAGAGGAGUACUACAGGACAGUGGAGCCCACUGUGAGCAGCAGUGUUCAGACUGUCACAGACAUCUAUGAGUUCCUCAAUGAUCCUCCCACUGACCUUUACCCCAGUGUUGGGGUAGUCGGCUUCUCAGGCUUCCUCGGACUCUACCUGGCCAAAGGUUCUAGGGUGAAGAGGCUGGUGUUUCCUCUGGGUCUCAUGGCCCUGAGUGCCUCCAUGUUUUAUCCCCAGCAGGCUGCCUCUAUCGCCAAGGUGAGCAAGGACUCUGUGUUCGCCUGGGGUUUGCAGGGGCGUGGUGCUGUAGAGAAACUAUGGAAGGAGUUGCCUUUCGCUGGAAAGAACCCUGAGAAGAAGGAGCAGCCAGGAAGCAGCAGGCCAUCCAGCUGAGAGAGACGCUCUGGACACACACACCUGCAACAGUGCCACCGCCCUCACACACUCACACACUCACACACACGUCUCUGAAACAUUUGAUGAUUGCAGGCCAACUUACUCUUUACGAGAGAGAACAUUUUCUUUACUUAAAGCCUAAAUUCUAUCAAGAAUAAGAACAUUUGGUUCACACUAACACUCAUAUUCAUAUGGUUGUUGUGCACAUCGAGAUGGCUUUAUUAGAGUUACAACCUGCUGAACCAGUUUCUCAUCAUGUCUACAUGACUACACAUGCUUGCCAAUUUCCCAUGUUGGCAGACAGCUUUUCAAAUGGUUGUUUGCACUGGAUUUGUAUAUUUAUUUACAGAUAUAUUAUUUCCUUGUCCUAGAUUCACAACAAGGUAAACUACUAUUUGUAUGUCUCAGUAAAGUUAUAUCCAGAUUAUUGUUGAAAUUAUGUUUUAAAUGUGUUUGAAGGUGUAAUUCAUUGCUCAUGCCUACAGUAUUUGAAAUAUGUUGUCCCAACAAAUGA